UUAUCUGAAAACAUAGAACAUCCCUAAGUUCACUUCAUGUCACAAAUAAACUUGUAACCACGAAAAACGUGUCGGCUACUGCGUGAUAAAUUUUUGAAAAUCGUUUGUAAAUCGCGACGAAUUAAAAAUGGGCCGUUAAAAAACAACGGCGGCAAAAAAACGUGUGCUGCGAAGUGCUACAAACAAUAACAUUGCAUUUGUGGUGGAAACUCUUCCGGAAUUGAAGGAACCAGCGAAACCAUCGGCGGAAAAAAUUGCCAAACUGGAUCCAGUUUAUUGAUCUUCAGGAUAACGUAUCUGCCACCGAUUUGCUGGUAGACCCGAAAAUCGGCUUGGAUUCAUACUUGGAAGGAACUGGUACAGACACGGACGAAGACUAUUCGCCAGAGAUGCCAACCCCGAAUAAACCGGUUAUUCGAACGUACUGCCGCAGAAGAACAAUCGACGAUUUGAUGGCCGACUGGGACAUUGAAACGCAAAAUAUACCUAUCGUGAUGGAAAAGAGUUUGGAAGAAUUAGCUACUUCAGACAGCAGCGAGCGCCAUGGAUGCUCUUGUGGAAUGGCCGAACAAGCAAAAAAGUACAAAGCUUUGUACGAAUCGCUGCUGAAAGAGAAAGUAUCCAAUGACGGGGACAACCAUGAGUCAUCUGAUACGUCCGAAAACGCUAAGAAAAAGGAGAAGCAUAAACUGACGGCAGAAAAUGCUAAACUAGCAGCACAAAACGCCAAGUUACAAGAAGCACUUACGUCCAAGCUUCUUCCAGAGCCAGAAGCUCCUUUUAAAAACGUCACGGGUAAUUUCCUGGAUCCGGAUUUGCUGCGGCAGCUUUCAAUCGAAGCCGAAACGGAUUAUCUUUUUGUUAAAUUCGUUAUGUUAAGAUUGUGGCCAGAUGGAUUCUUCGGGCGAUCUGUAACAGGUCGUCCAUCUAAUAAUCCUUCUGGUCGGUCAAAACCAACUACAACAUCUCAAAACGGAACUGUAAACGAGGGAACAACUUGCGAUGCUGGCAGUUCCAUCGAAAAUGCUCCAUGUCGCGGAGAGAAUAUGGAAAAUGCAACGCAACCUCCCAAGCAACCUCUUGAGAAGGAAAAGGUGGAGUUUGUUUUUUCUUGCCUGUAUCAACGCCGCAUUUUUUUGCGAGAUGAUAGUUUGACCGCCCAAGUUCAUGCCAAAGCCGGCAAAUCGCUCAUGACACGAGUUAUUGCGAAUGCUUCGCGUAAACAUUAAUUUUUAUACUCGCCUUCAUUACCGUUUGAGCCGAAACGUGUUCAAUAUUUUAAUUUGUUUUUAUUAUACGUAAUUAUAUUUGUUAAAUCUCUAUUACCGCAGUAUGCGGGUGCAGAAAUGAUAAAAUAGAGCUGUUACAUGAACA